AUGCUUCGGCACUCUUUCGCAACGCUGUUCAGAACACGUCGUCAUUCCAAAACACUAGUCCUUCAUUAUUUGCACCUACUCCUGCACCGAGACCAUCCGUCCUUCGACAGACUUGGACAACAGCCGAGUUUUGCACAACAGAGUCAAGCUAAAUCCAUUUUCGCCAACGCUAAUCAAAACGCAUUCAACCAAGGUUUCCCAUGUAUGGUGUGGCGACACAGCAUCAAGUAG